AUGGCCUCGCCCGCCUGCUCCCGCUGUUCGCGCCUCAACAUCCCGUGCAUAGGGUGUGGCCAGCUGCGAUACAAGUGGAAGGACCAGACCGAUCUACAGGUCGAGAGAUCGUCCAAAAAGGCCCAAAGUAGGGCGUCUGGGAGCGGGAGCGGGAGCCCAUCGUCCAUCGCCAGCCUCGUGUCGAACAGGGAUACUGCUCGAUCUGGGGCCUUUGCCUCGCUGCUGGAUAUCAACGACCCGAGCUAUGACCUCGCCUGCUAUGGCCCUUGGUUCAAGGAGCUCCCGCGGCGUCUGGGCACCAAUGCAGCGCUGGAUGCUGCGGUAGAGGCCAUGGUAGGCUUCUACCCACACCUCCGCAGGCAUGACCAGUCGUCGCUAUCCCGGGGGUCUGUGGUGAAAUACGUAAACGCGCUGCAGGCUCUCAGGACCUGUUUGAAUGACCCGCAGAGCGCAAACAAGCCGGAGACGCUGUGUGCCGUAUACGUGCUGAUGAUUUGUCAAGGGUGGACGGGAAGAGACAGUGAUCAAAAGAUGAGCCAUGGAGAGGGACUUGCACAUUUGCUCGAUGCAGCUGGGUCCAAGAGUAAUCCGGACCCAUUCGAAAAAAGUAUUCGUGAUACCCUUUGUGUGCCUGUCAUCCUAGAAGCCAUCUUCAAUCCAAAGAUACGACUGAGUCCCUGGUUCCUGAACCUCAAGAAACGCGCAUUGGGCCCGGCUGCACCUCUUAGUAGCAGUGCCAAAAACUUCCUUAGUCUGGAACUAAGAAAUCUUGCCCGGAUCCCAGAUUUGAUCCGAGAGCCUGCCAAGUACAAGGACGACAUUGCCGUGGCAUAUGAACGCGUGCGCUAUGAAAUACCGUUGUUGAAAGGCGGCCUAGCAAUGGCUGACACUCUCGCCUCUGAAACACCAACGCGCGCGGCAACAAAGCUCCGUAUUCAGUACCAAGUCUCUUUGGGUCUGCUGAUGGGAUGCGCCCUGAUAUAUAAUGGGUAUCUACGUGCCUUUGGAAUAGAUGAUGGGAGCAUGGCUGAAGAGGCAGACGCAAUGACCAACGACGCCAUCAAGUUGGCGCACGACGCUUCGCAAUACAGGCCUCUAGGAGCCAGCUUCAUACCGCUUUGCCUGAUUCCAGGGUGGGCGGCUGCAGGCAGUGUUGAGAUUCAGCAGAGAGUGGUUCAGGCACUGGAGGUUUACCAGGACGAUUUCACACCUCUCACAAGCAGGAGUUGGUACAUCAUGGCUUACUGGCUGAGGGGCGAAAUGGACCUGAUACGGAGCGGGUUGUGGACGUCGCCCAUGGAGAAUUAUAAUGAUAGACAGUGGGGGACGUUGAUGCUCGAUGAGAAGGGGGAUGUGAUUUGCGGCGAUGAAUCAAGAAGUUGGUUUUAG